AUGGGUCUUUUCCUCGGUGAUCAGGCUCUUGGAGAUAUUUUUGGUCUUUUUCGUUUACAAGAAGGACUUCAAUUCCGAAAACAGUCCCGCAUCGAAGAAAAUACUGAAAAUGAACAGGAGCGCUUGAAACAGCGUGUUACAGAGCUGGAGCAGGAACGAGGACGUAUCCUGACGGAAAAGCAGGUGCUAGAGGAGAAUGCCCGCACGGAGCAUAAGCUAGCAUCGAAGCUGAUCCAACACAUGGACCUGUUGAGCAACCGGCCGAUGAGACGUAGGGCCUCCGGAUCUACAACCAUGACACCUGCACGCAAACAGUCCUAUCGGCAUACUUCAGCGAACUCCGUGCGACAAAAGUCUGAAUCCUUGAGCUCAUCUUCCGAACUCUCGUCCGAUGAGGUAAAAAGGACUCCUAUGCAGAAGCCUGCGAGGCAUCGUUACCGGAAGAAUUCAGGUGGCAGGACUUACAGUCGGCGUUGGGAUCAUCACAACGCUUCUCCUAGGCCUGAUGACAAAUACCGCUAUGAACCUGUGACCAGUGUACACUCUGAAGCUGACUCCGACAAGAGUUCAGUAGACACACCAAAGGUGGACCAUGACAUCAAACGCAGCAGAAGGCCCCUAGUAGAGCGAAAGCCAUACCCUCCAUGCUCUAAUCCCAACCCCAAUCUCCUGCUCGACCGCUAUCCUACUCGCGAUAUUAUGCGCAACUUUGGAAAUGUCUUCCUUCCUCAAAAUGGACUAUCCGUAGCUUCCACCGCUAGUACCACCAACAUCCUGCUACAGAAAGCGAAGUUGAGUCUCCAAGCCGUGGAGAAAGACCUGUCCUCCCUAGGGCCACCUCCUGAUGUAAAUUCUAAUGAGUACUUGCAGUAUCUACGCAAAAAGUACAUGUUUUAA